AGAACAUAUCUACUUGUAGGAUGUGGACUUUACUGUUGACUUUGGAUCAAACUUUCUGUCACCUAAAGGUAGAUGUUUACUUUAUAAAGCAGUCUUGGUUUAUCAAUUCAGCUCUAAGUAUAUAUUUAAGCAAAUCUUACUGGCAACACUCUACCAAGGUUGUCUUUGUUUGCUGUGGGAGUAUAAGGCUAACUCCUGGCAGCUCCUACCAAGCACAGUAAUGGGAGAUUCUUAACAGAGCUAUUUAUUUAGGUGGAAUUAUUUUGAAAUAAUGAUCACAUGUACAUUAGAGUUGAUUUAGAUAGAGACUUCUGACCAUCCCAAAUAUUGUGCUACCCAAGUUGGUCUAGCUCAUGGGACAACUUCAUAAACUGGCAAAGUGAAACUUCUUGUCACAGGUAAUUUAAUUCUGUAAUUAUCUUUUCCUUCUUCCUAUAUGCCUUCAGGGCAAGAAUCUGCUUUGGUUUGGAGCAGAUUCAUAAGAAAGUUAAAAGAAAACUGAGCUUCCCAAUUACUAAAAUAGAGAAGAAGAAAAGAAAUUAAACAAACUCAAAAAGACUCUUCAGAAGAAAAAAAAAAGCCUGUUAAAACAGGCAAUGAGGUGGAUUCUGCUUUUAGCUGUGAAUAAUAGAGGGGCAGUGCCUGGUUUUCACUACUUCCAUUGCAAUGACAGCUGGGCUUCGCUUGUACUUGCUGGAGAUAAGAUACUUCCACAUGGUCAUACCAAGUUCAGCAACCAGCUCAAAAGCACAAGUAACGAUGGAAACAUCUGCUAUGCCAGGGAGGGUGUAAUAUAACUGAAAGCUGCUUAAUUCUGGUUAUAUGUCUGUAAGAGAAGGUGUGAGAUUGCAGCUUUCUAUCAGCUGGGUUACUACAAGCACUCUCUGGUUACAAAGAGCUCUCUUUUUUGUGUGUAUUUGUAAGUAUUCUGACUAAGCCCUUCCCUGAAGAAGGAGAAAGGUGAAAUGCAUUAGUCUUCAAAUGAUGCCAGUUUUAUUGGAUGAACCCCACCCUAUGAGGCAUGGCCAUGCAACUUUGCACUGUGAGUUUGUUGUUCAAAAAUGUCUAUAAAACAUUUCCUUCAUAUCCCAUCAAUUUAUGUUGUGUCAAGGGUCUUUUCAAGUGCUUUACAACAAACUUGAGGGUUGUAGGAAAAGGCCCAAGAACCAAAGGAUAAUGUGCUGCAGACAGAGGGGGAAGAAAGCAUGGCAAGGGUACCCACAAGUCAGCAGGUAUCUGCUAUGGCAAGGAAUUUACUAAAUUCACAGUCAGUUUGUAUUCCUUUUUCUUGCUGGGAAUAUAUACUUUGGGAGUUUUUGUAUCUUUGAUCUAGAUCUAUUCCAAUCUCCCUCCACAGUCAAGUAUUCCACUCCUCAGUCAAGGUGAAUUUGCUAGUGAGUUUCCUUAAUUUGACAGUUUGCCCUUUGCUUGUGUUUGUUAUUUUGUCCAUGGAAAUGGAAACGGUUGCUGAGUACUCAGCCCAACUCAGUUUUCUAUGAUCAGUUCUGUUUUAGUGUCUUCAUUGCUUACUAAUUUGAGGUUGUCUCUUUUUUGUCUCAGUGACUAGUGAGAAGGAAUCUGGCGGCUAUCACACACAUGGCUAGCUGGACCCAAGUUUAUUAUUAGAAGCAUUUGUUUUCCCAAAUAGCAUCUGGGAAGUUAAAAUUGGCCAUGUGUUUCUAUAAUAACAUUUCAGUGACAGACCUUUUCUUGAUUAUAUUUUAGCUGCAGACAAGAGAGGCCAGGUUUCAAUGAUGUAUACAAAUCCAAAACAACCACACCCCAAAAAAACAGGCUGUGAGCAGGUAGCUUGAGCUGCUGGAAGUGGAGCUUCCUGUUUCCAUACAAUGGGGAAUUUUAUGAAUGAUUAAAUCAUGGUGAGUUAACUGACAGAUGGCUUUUAAUAAAUUGCAAAGAUCAGCUGAUGUUUUCCACUUGCAUGGAUGAAAUGGCUAAACAUUGAAAUAGAAGGAGUAUUGCACUAAGAUUGCACAAGGCUUGGAUAUUGGCUAUUGAUCAUAUCCACAUGGGUCAGGUCUAGCUUUCAUUUGGAACAGGGGCAGAGCAGUGAAAAAGAAAGGUCAUCCAUGAACUAUUGUUCUCCCGAGUUACAGAGACUAAGGCAGCCUUUUCUGCCAUAGGAUUGCUCUCUUCAGCUUGGAGUGCCAUGAAGGGAGGAUUCUUUCUCCUCUGUCAACAAAACCCCAAUUUUAUGUGGGUUCCUACUGAUUCUUCCAAACUGUGGCAAGUGACCAUUUGCUCACUAGCCAUGGGCAUUACCUGGCAGGAGUAUUAAGUGGGUAAGUCAGUCAUGGAAAGGAAUGCAUUUGAAUUUUUCCCAUGUUUUGCUUACAUCCAAGACUUUGAGUGCAACUUGAAGUCUUAAAAGUAAGAAACAUGCAAAAGUCUUAAAAGUAAGAAACACUAAAUUAGCAUGCUGUUCACAUAUGACAAGGCUUCCAGCAGUUUGUCAUAACAUUUCUGACUUACAGAGGCUCACCUAUCUUCUCACUCUCCUUCUCCCUGGUAUCUAAUAAUAGCUUUUGUAUUGCUUUUAUAGCCCUGUUUUGUGUACUGAUUUGCUACAUCAUAUUUUCAAGUAAAGACCAGUCUGAAGAGUACCUGCCAGAAAAACUGUGUAUCUGUUCCUAGAUCUUUGGCAGCAAGCCAGUAAAGAAAUCCAGGCCAGUUAACACUGGCCAAAGAAGUGGGCCAAAUUUUGAAGGGGAAAGCUGAGAGCUGCAGUAGCUGCCUGAGCACUUGUAAUAAUGACUUGGCUGUACAGAUGAAGCCAGCAGUACACAGGACAAAAACUUGGGGGUCUGAAGGCCAGAAUCAGAGGCUGGCGGAGCCAGCAGGAAAAACAGGGAAACAUUUUCAUAAAAGGCACAGAGAAAGAAACUGGGCAUUAAGCUGAGCUUUAAAUGGCAAAGGCAUCUUACAUGCAGGCCUCUCCUUGGAAAGGAUACAAGGAGAGUGGGUCUUGGCAUGAUACUGUAGGACUAACAGAGCUAUCAUAAAAGGGCAAGGAUUCCGUCUUCCAGAAGCAGCUUAUGUCAGUCAUCUGAGCACACAGGCCAAGUGGGUAUGGACCCAGAGCCACAGGAUAAAGGACUUGUUCUAUCUGAGCUCAGUGCCCCCCCGCAUUUGGCACUGGGGAGUGACCUGGCAGCAGACUGCAAGUAAGAGUCUCCCACAGCCCAGCUGUCCCUCUCAGCUGCUUAACUUUCCCAUGCACCCCUCCACCUCUCUCCUUUUCCCAGAUUUCCCUUGUGCCAGAUGCCACAGCUGACAUUCACUGGAAACAGAAGUCCAGUACAUACCUGCAAGCUACAGGGAGGAGUCUGCUGUGUCCCAGGCAGAUGGGUAGGAGAACUGGAUCCUGGGAGGUUUGUCUCCUGCCAAGGGAGGAAGCAGCAGCUCUUGCCUGCUUUGCUGCUUUCAGUGCCAUGAAGCUUCAGUUUGGGUUACCUACAGACACACAUAGAGGUGGAGUCACUCAGUAUACUGACAUGCAUUGGGAGGAUGAAGGGACAAGCAGAGAACUUGAAUUCCAUAUGACACUGUAAUUAAAUGGAAAAAAGAGAACAAUUGGUACAGUGAAACCUGAGGUUUAAUGUUGCCCUUGACCUGGUGAAAACCAAAAGCUGCUCAGAACAUAUUUUCUGUAAUUUUUCAAACAACUUUCCAUUCCACUGUUUUGUUUGCAAUGCUCUUCAAGUGGGUGUGCUUUGACCUGUUUGUUCCUCUGCAUAUGCCUAAUGAAGCACAAGAAUGCCUAAUGCCUAUAUAGAUAAUGUACUUUUUUAUGGGUUUAUAGAUGUUCACGCAUAAACGCAUGCAUUAAAGGCUUCACUUUGGUUGGCAAAUAGCACUUUGUAAUGUGCUCACCACCCCAGAUUGCAUUGUACUGGGGUAAAAAUAAAGGGAGGCUGUCUCAGCCUACCUGGUUUACUUCCAUGACAUUUCCUGCCAUCAUGUUUGCUGGUGUCCUGUCUCCCAGACUGAGUGUAGGAGCACUGCACAGCCCGGGGCAGGGGGAAACCCCUCUGCAAUUCCCAGCAAAGGCAGGCCGUGGGGACUGGGAGAGCAGUCACAGCCAUGACUUGGGUUCUUUGGUUGUCUCAGCAGUUCUUUGAUUGACCAGGUCUUGAAAAAGUGACCUCAAACCAGGUGGGGGUUGUACACUGUGAGCUCAUGACAAACACUGUGGGUUCUGAUGAGAUGUGCUACAACCACUAACCAGAUUUUUUAAAGCUCGUGGGACAGGCUUCAGCAAGUUGUCUCCUGCGAAGUGUCUCUGGAAGAAACAUCAUGCAACCACAGAUUGAUGACUAAAUCUAUGUAAGGACUGGUGCUUACCUCAACUGGAGCUGUAAGUACAGUGAAGAGCACGUGGGGGCAGCCCCGAGCACCUAGGCAAGGGAACUGGAAGAACCUGAGAACCCGUACAAAACAGAGUAGUGCUGAGACAGAUUUUGGAGCUCAGUAGGAGAGAUUUGAGCAUGAGUGGGACUCAGGACAGUUUUCAUGGCAUGACAUAAAGAUUAGGAUCAGACUGUGAUGGUAGGCAGUAAAGCUAGAAGACGGGUGGAGAAGGGAUCCCAGAAUCACAGAAUAUUCUGAGUUGGAAGGGACCCACAAGGAUUUUGUGACAAUCUGUAUUUCUAUAAAUGCAUUAUCUGCCAAAGUAAUUAUGAAGGGUGACAGUUCUGUUGGAUUUUAGUUCAAAGACCAGACGUGUAUGAUAGAUAUGGUGCAUUGCCUACAUGGACCAUAGAUGACAAGAUUAGUCAACUUUAUUAUUGGAUUGAUCACUAUUAUUGGGGAAAUCACUUUUGUGAUGCUGCAACUUUCCAUUCUCUUUAUUCCUUCUUCUCUCUAAUUUUGAUUUUCCCAGUUUUCCCUUCCAUUUCCUGUAAUUUUUCCUCUUUAUUUUUCUCUGAUUUUGCAAGCUGGGAUAGAGGCAACAACAUUUUCUUAGUUUAGUAAUGGCUUAGGAGGUACAUGGUUUCUCCUGGAACUAAAAUAUGACUACAUUUUAUUCAGAUUUAUUUUAGUUAUUGCUUUACUUUUAAAGGUUUAUAGGGUUUUAUCUUUGGUUUGGGGAGAGAUUUGUGUCUCAGGAGUGUUUAUUUUCAACUGAAAGAGCAAAUCUGUUGACUUUUUGGUCACAUGCAUUGCAUUUGUUUGAAGGAGCAUUCAUUUGAUUCCCAGGUAGUCAUCCAUUUCAAAAGCAUUUUGAAAGAUUCUUAUUGUUGUCAAAUAAUUUGUUUGCAAUAUACUAUCCCAGUGAUUCCUUAUAUUUUCCUUGUACUUUGUGCCCAAAAAUUCACUGGGUUACUGAUUAGUUACUACUUGCUUGUACAGAUUAUUUGGAAAACAACUAGGAACUAAACUUUUCCUGCACUAUAUUAAUUAUUCAAAUUGCCAUUUGAAUCCUUGAAUUUAGCUCAACAUAUUUAGAUGACAACAAACACCAGCUUUCAUUCUGUUGCCGAUGUGGGACGGCUACAAUUGCCAGAAGAAACCAAUGUGAAAUUACAUCACUGCAAGUUAGAUUAUUACAUUACUUGAUGGAUAUAGCACAGUUUAUUCCAGAUAAAGGUGUAUUCAGCUACCUUAGAGUCAAUUAUUUGUAUUUCUUACACACACUGCCUUUAAUGGAAGGGAAUAAAACUUCGAGUGAACUGUAUCUGCUAUGGACUUUGGGCUGCAAUUGUGAACACCCGGCUCUUCCUAGAGUUAGAUGCCUCAUGCAAGAUUCUGAGAAAAUAGGCAAACACUACACUUGCAGUCAGCUGUGAAAUCAAAUGACUUCUAAGUUGCCACAUGGCACCACCACAGGAAUGAACACUGCAUGUGUCUAGCUUGCUUCAGAGGUGCACCAGUAAUUUGUACCAGCCUCUGAGCCGUGGCUCAGUCCUGCCCACAGCAUGUUUGUGUUCUUCCUGUGCCCUUCAGCCUGCCCAGAGAUCCCUGCUGGACUGGUACUGAUACCCCACCUAAGCCAGUGUUAAAUAAGCUCAUGCCCAUGAACUCAUGCACAAAAGUUGCAGCUGCAGCACACACAUCCUGUCUGGAACAGAGGCAGGAAUACCAUCCAUUUCCUCAAGGUUUCCUGCACUCUUCUGUGGUGAAGUCCCAACAUCUUGUUCUCCAAAAAUCUGGUACAUCCUGAAAGUCCAAUCCUGUAUCCUAAACAAAGACAAGGCCUUGCAAAAAAAAAGCAAGGCCAGAACAAAAUAAUACUGGACUACAUAAUUUAAGAAUGUCCUGAAACAUAUGAGCGGGGGGACUGAUAUGAAGUCACAAAAUCAGUCUUCUAAUAUAUCCUAAUUCUGAGUCCUUUGUUGUACAAUCUUAAUGAUUUUUUUUUAAAUCAUUUGUGUGCCUAUGAUACCUAGAUGAAUUAAAGGGUAAGGACUGAAGAGCUGACAGCUAAUGGGAAAAGAUAUAGCAGAGUUAAAUAAAGUAACUUUAGAAGGCACACAAUUUAGCUAUAUACUUGGAAGAAGCUUGGUUUUAUAAUGGGCAGGAUGUGAAGGGUGAAGACCUGAGGAGCCUCUUGGUAGAGGGGGAAAAGUACUAAGGUAUUUGCAGCUCAAGGGAAGACAAAUUACAGAGGUCUGAACUUUGGUUCCCAGCCCAGAAUACAUUGAAAAUUAUCUCGGCAGGCUAAAGACUGGAACAGUCCCUAAAAAAAUAGACAAAAUUUCCCAGCUUUCAGUCUGUUAUUUUUAUUACGUGUACACAUAGGCUGUAGAAAACUGCUGCUGAGAACUGAGUCCACGUCUGGUCAUUCCCAGUGACAGCCAUCAAAAAGCAGGAUCUGCAUUUCCAAUUAAGGAAGUAUCUUGUUCUGAUACAAUGCGAAAAACAUACUGUGAGGUCACUGAAGCAUCAUAUAGAAAAUUUUCAGAUUGGAAGCGGUCAGGAUCAUAAAGAUAGAAACAGGAGAGGGCAAUUAAAUUAUUAGAUUUCUUCUAGCAUGAUACACUCCUCUGGGCAAAACACAGCAUUGAUGCAGCACAGGAUUCCAAACAAAUUCACUUUUUCAUCCUCUUUAUGAGAGGCAGAAUUAUUUAAUAACUUUGGUUUGAAAUAGGAAGGUCCAGCCCCAAACGCUUGGGCGCUGAGGUACGGAGAGAUUUUCCGGGAGCCCAGUGACGCCCGCCUCCGUUGGGUGGGGCUUCAUUUUGCUCCUGGCAGCCGCUCCUCAGGGGGUAGUUCUUCUCCCGCCGGCUUUCCCUAGGGUUUCAUGGCAGGGGGCAAAACUUGGGGAGGGAGAAUCCUGCCCCUGCAGGAUCCCAACCCCUCCUCGACAUACACACGGUGACUAUUAGUUUCUUAACAGAUGGUAAUUCUGUGGGAGGUGUGGGUAGUUCGCUGCCCCCCGCUUUGCGAGUCUCCCACCCCUCUCGGACUGUCGGGGCAGGGGAGAGGCUCCUGCUGCCGGCCCGAGGAGCAGGAGGAGGAGGAAGAAGAGUAGUGUCGGCGGUUCCGUGGGGAAGUCGGUUAGAAGAGGCACUACUACUAAGGGGAAGACGUAGCACUGCUUCAUCUGUCUUCACAUGGGGCUCAGCUGAACAAGCCCUCCUCUUGAAUCCCGUCGUAAGCGCUACCAUGCGGGAACCAGACUGGAUCUACCAGAGGCUGCAGCAACAGCCUGAGCGGCCCUAACCAGAAGCGAUGAGUUCUGUCCUCUUCUCUGGGAUGAUUUAAAGAUAAAAUAAGCUGCUCUAUUAACAACCGGCGGGGGUGGUGUUUCAGUUUUGUCAGAGGAAGUGGUGAGAUCAGUCCUGCUGCCCGUUCUGAAAAUUUCCAGGGAGAUGAGUGACUGGUCUGAGGUUUGUUAGUCAUGAAACGAAUUCUUCUGGUUUUUAUCCUGGCUGCUGCUGUUAUGUAUGGUAUCCUGCAUGGAAAUCUGUGGAGAAAUAACUUCUAUUGGCUGCCACCUACGGCUGUCGAGAGGAGGAAUGCAUUGGACACUUGUGUCCUGAAACCAGCAUUUGAAUCUUUACUAGGUGUUGACAAAAUAUACCCAUUCCUGUGCGCUCAUGAUUUUAUCAGAGUGGCAGAGUUCCAAGGGAGCAAUAAGUUUGAACUACCUUAUGGAAUAAAGAGAGCAGAGCAAUUUUUUCGUUUAGCUCUCUCAAGACUGCAGAACUGUGGCCUUUCCAGUGAAGAAGACAGCAUUCCCUGUCGACGGUGCGUUGUGGUUGGUAAUGGAGGAGUACUUCGAAAUAAGACAUUAGGGGAGAAAAUUGACUCGUAUGAUGUCAUAAUAAGAAUGAAUAAUGGCCCUGUGAUAGGGUACGAAGAGGAUGUUGGGAGGAGGACGACUUUCCGCCUUUCUUACCCAGAAUCUAUCUUCUCAGAUCCCAUCCACUAUGACCCUAAUACCACUGUUGUUCUCAUCGUCUUCAAACCGCGGGACUUGAAGUGGCUUUGGGAGAUACUUGGUGGUCAGAAAAUAAGCACGAAGGGCUUUUGGAAGAAACCAGCUCUGAAUAUGAUCUACAAAUCGAGUCAAAUCAGGAUUCUUGAUCCCAGCAUCACCAGGAAAGCUGCUUAUGAGUGGCUUCAUUUCCCAACAAGGUUUCCUAAGAAGGAGAAACCCAAGCAUCCAACAACGGGGCUAAUUGCCAUUACACUGGCAUUUCACAUAUGCCAUGAAGUCCACCUGGCAGGCUUCAAGUACGACUUCAAUGACAGAAAUAGUUCUUUGCACUAUUAUGGCAAUGAAACCAUGUCUCAGAUGAUGCAGAAUGAAUACCACAACAUCACCGCCGAGCAGAAAUUUUUGAAGAAGCUUAUAGACAAGAACUUUGUGGUCAAUUUGACGUGAAAGCUGAAUUGGAAAAUACGAGGAGCAAUCACUAUUUUCAAGAUUUGAAAAAUGUUUAUUUUUUUGUAUGACAUUUUUAUUUUUUAAGUGCAACAUAACUGUUUACUGUUUAAAGGAGCCCAGAAACCUCAUCAAGGCAAAAGCUUUUAACUGAGGGUAAUGGACUGUUGCAGUGUUAACUGAAUUUCUGUGAGGCUAUUUAAUAGUGGGAAAAGCAUGAAACUUUCAACUGAAAGUAUCAGGGAUAUAUGAAAAUGUGAUGUACAUCACUUUUUUAUCAGUGAGAACUCUUUCGAAAUUAUUAAUUCUCUGGAAUACUUUUGUUUUUGAUACUGUCCUCCAAAAGAGUUCCACUGACAAGAGACUGAGAUGACCAGUGUUCAUUCAGUAGGUGGAUGUAAAGUCAUGACUAUCUGUCUUCUUGUAUGAAAAUUGCUUUAAAACUAUGCAUCUAAAUUGUUACUGUGUGUUUUGGAGAAGGGGGAACAUACAGACUGUACAGGUUUUGUUCUGCCAUACUCCUGAGGCGAGGAUGUCCACCUUCAGGCGAGCAGCCACAGCUUCUGCACUGAACAUCACCUCUGAGCUUCUGUCUGCCUUUGCCGAAGGUGAAGACCCUUUGUCUGAUUUGUGGAGAUGUUGGUGUUGACACUGCUUGUGUUGUACCCAUUUCAUAGAAUAAUAAUAUUCCCUGUCCUGUGCUUCCAGUUAAUUUAACAGUUGCUGACUAGACUUAAAAAAGAGGGAAUAUGAAGACUGAAGAGCUGUCUGAACUACCUGUGUGUCAGCCCCCAUACCGCAAUAGAAAUACAAGCUUGGACAGAGAUAUUCAUGCCUGAGUUUAGAGUCUCAGUGUUUGUUGGAGUCCUAGUUCUCACGACAGCAUCUCAUGCAUUUUUUGUUUGAUCCUCAAAAAUAGGUGGAUUUUUCCAAAUGAGGACAAUCUCCUUCCUCAGAUGUUGUAGUGCAUCAGUACAAGCAAGGAAUACUCCCAUUUUUGGCAUUAGAGUGUCGUAGGGAAUGUCCAGGAUGUACCUCAGCUGAAUUACCAUUUGGCAUCUGUUUACCUCUUCUGUGUUGAUAUUUAAGUUUGAAGUGUGUGGAUGAACUAAAUAAUUUAGCAGUGGGAACUUGCUCAAGAUUUUAGUUGAAACAUUUAAUGGGAUGUUUAUAUUUCCUGUAUUGGUUUGUCUCUGACAAGCCUAUGAAUAAAUGAAAUCUGCUUGGGAACACACUUUACAGCAUCAAAGAACAACAAUAUGCAGUUCCAUUGUACUUACUGAUUUGUUGCCAAGCAUUGUAAUGAGCUAACCAGCAAUUUGGACAUAAAAAUACUUUUUACUGAUGCUUGCAGUCAGUAAAAAAAUACGUAAAAAUACUGACUGACGCUUGCAGUCCCAAGCGGCAACGAACAAUGGUAUGCAGUUCCAGUUCUCUCACAGGACAUCUAUAUAAAAUUUUUAUUUUAAUUAUGGCAGAAUUUCUGGAAGAUUUUGUGGUUAUCUUUAUCAAUCAAACCUGAAGAAAACACAAAUAAAUCCACUUUUAAAAGUCUUUGAAGUUAGUAGGAAUACCGUUGUUGUUUUUCAAUAAAAUUAUAUAGAGAGGACAUUUAGGAGUGAUGCAAACAAUCACAAUAUGAACAUAAACCAGGGUAUUUGUUAUUUUCAGAAGGUGAGGAUUGCGCAUGUGCUGAACACAAUUUAUUUUACUGCAGCUAUGUAGAGGAAUGGCCAUUUGGGAAUUAGGGGGGAGGGCAGUGUCAUCUGGAGAAGUGCCACAGUUGAAGAGAAGGAGGCUUGUGUUUUCACCCAGUGAUUCCUGAGCUUUGAUCUGUUUCAAACAAGCUGGACAUACCUGAAAUAACUUGCUUGAGAUGUCAGAAAAAUCUGUGGCAUGGGCUGGGGAAGGAUACAGGUGUGUCCCAGCAAGGGACAGGAUGUACCAUGGUGUCUUGUCUGCUGCAUGUUGCUUGGCUGCAGCUGCACUCCAGUUGUGUGCAGGGUGGCACGUGGGGGUGUGGAGGAGAGGGGAGCAUGUCCCCAGGUGUUGGAACAGGUGACACUGGGGGUAGAAAUGGAGGCAGAAGGGCUCUUAAUUUUUUGUUUUUCCUUUAUUUUUUCCUGAGACUUUGGAGAGAUUUUUGCUUGAAAUUUUCAAUACCAACAGGUGGGGUUUCACUUAAGAAAAUAGUGACAUUAUUGUCUUUGUGUCUCUGCCAGCAUUUAUUUCUCCUGGUUAUUUCAGUUAAUUAAAAAGGUUUGUUUGUGGUUCUGCAGCCCCAGACCUACAGUGAUUUAAACUCCUGAUAAUAGUAAUUCCCCUGCAAAAGCUGCUGUGGCGAGGCUUUUUGCAGACAUAGCAGUGUUCUCCAAGCUGUUGUUGCAGAGGAGCCCCUGGUAGAUCUUAGACUGUGUUGAGAGCCAAGGCCAGCCAAAGUGGGGGGCUGCCCCUUCACCCGCAAAACCUGUGGUUGCUUCCAGAGCUGGGGCCCCCUGCUCUCCCAGUGGCUGUUGCCACAGUCCAGCUGCAUCCAUGUAAUGUCUUGCAGGAUGCUGUCCUGGAGGAAUGUUUUUCAGGAGAGCUGUUGAAUAUGUUCCAGACACUGAGGAGAGUUCUUGUGAUGGUACAGACUGCAUCCCUCUUCUUCUCCCCCUCGUCUCCAGUUCCAGGAAGUGGGUAGGGAGCUCUCCUUUGGAAGAUGUGGUUAUUUUCUCUGAUUUAUUUCAUCUCCAGAGAUACUCUUCCCACUAAUCUAAACUGAUUCCUUCUCCAAUUUUUCUAGUAGGUUUUCUGCUUUUUUUGGGAGGAUGGGAUUUGGAUUCUAGCUGUAGUAGAUGAAACAAAAUAAUUGGAAAAAAAUAGAAUUCUCAUGGCAAACAAAUGAUGUCUCCCAAACUCUUUGUACUUAAAAAAAAAAUCCCUUUAGUCUUCUUCACUUUUGCCACAUCAGCUUUUUGAUCUCCCUAAAAUAUUUUUUAAUAUUUUUAAAUUAUUUUUGUUUGGUGUUCUCAGUGAAUUUAAUAUGUUCUUUACAAGCAUUUAUCCAUGUCAGCUGUUUCUUUUCAUACCCUAAUAAGCCUUCCUGUGGUAUGGCUGACUUAUUUUUCAAAUUAAGCAGUAUUUCCAGGGAUAUUUUUCUCCCACUUCUAUGCUCCUGCCAGGGGUGUUGAGUCCACCACAGUUACUGUCUGUGGGUGGCUGAGUAACAUUUUGAAUGAAAUUGUUCCCUCAGGAUGAAGCCAAGAGCUGAUGCUGCUGAUUAACUAUGGGGCAUUUGUGGUGUUUUUUUUUUGUGGGUUUUUUUUUUGGGGUUUUUUGUUUUGUUGGUUUUUGUUUGUUUGGAUUUUUUUUUUGAAAGCCCGGCUUGCAGGCCAGUAGCUUUUCUCCUCUGUAAUAAGCAGUGAGCCAAGUAAUGAAUUUUUCUCCCCACAAGAUGUUUUGUAGGAUCCUGUGUACACCAGCCCUGUUCCAGCACCUGCUUCAUGUACAGUAUUCCUGCUGCUCUGUCUCAAGGACAGGUCUUGCUUUGAACUUCGUUCAGGCAGGAACACCCAUAUGUAGUGUGUUUCUCAGCAAUGAUCACAGAUUAGUGUCUCUUCUGUCUAGGCACAUAUUUUCACAGGUGUUUUGCAGUACCAAAGACUUAACUUAGGGCUUUUAGCAUAAAACAAUAAUGCUAACACCAGAUAUUUAUAGUUUCUGGGCCUGAGCUGCUAUUAAGACUUUUUUUACCUUUUUGCCAUUUCUGAAAUUGAGAUCUGCACUGAAACUUCCCUUUAAAAGCUAUCCUGUUUUUUUUAAUCAUAUCAGGAGUGAAACUGCCAGUUUUGAAUUCCAGGGUGCUGCCAGCUUUAUUUCUGUCUAAUAAUGAUGCAACUGUGUAGGUCUCCAGUGUCUCCCAUCAUUUUUUGAUCUGAAGUCAGAUGUUCUCCUCCCUUCUUAAUCUGUUCCUGUUCUCUGGCAGCUUGCUGAAUUUACAGCAAAGGUGCUUCUGCAUUUUACCUGCCACCCCUCUCAAAAUGCUGCACUGUCAGGUAGUCACAGCUCUAAAAUACCAAACUAUGCGCAGAACUGGCAGGAUGACACGUGUUGGCUGAAAGCUCUGUUUGGCUCAGACUUUCAGGAGGUUUCUUUGGUGGGAAACUAUUAUUUCCUCUGCUGUAGUAAUUAAGGGAAGUCACAGACUAUUGCACUAAAUACGAAUCUGAGAGUGCCUAAAAGAUGUUCAUAAACAUAUUCCAGAUAUUUCCAGUGUCUGUACAGGUGAUAAUAAUACAGAAUCACAACUUUGGUGUUUAAUUAGCAUGUGGUACUUCUUGUUUCCAAUGCCAUGCUUUCCUUUUUAGCAAUGCUCUGGGGGAGAGUAUAAAUACCUUCACUUUUAAGUGGACUCUUGAUUUUUAAGAACAUACAAAGCUCAGCAAAUUUUUUUGGUAUUGGGAAAUAUUUAUUUUAUUUGCCAUUUGUCUUAAGUUUUAUAUGCCUUUGAAGUGCCUCCUGUAUUUUGAAGAAUUCCUCGAGUUGUUUCAAGUGAAAUUUUGAAUCUUGAUAUGGAUGGAGAUUAUUUUCCUGUGAAUAAACUGUUGAAGACAGUG